AUGUGGAUGUGGAUGAGUCAGCGGACACCGGUAGGGCUGGGCUGUGUGGCUGGCAUUGGUCCAGCCCCGACUGUCACACAACAGCUACAUCAACUCUAUCUUACAUCUUGUCUCUUGAAAACAGUCAAGAUCGGCUGGGUCGUUGCCAAGAACACGAAUGAGUCCCGUCGCAAGAUGACCUCGGAGGAGCAAGCAGAGGAUCCCACGCCAACACCUGCCAAGGAUGCGAAAGACACGAAGGACACGAAAGAUGCCAGAGACUCUCCGGCAAAGCGCAAGAGCUCGGAGGGGCCGGAGAAUGGGGAGAGCAAGAAGAAGCGGCGGAAGGUCAAUCAUGCCUGUGUAUACUGUCGGAGGUCGCACAUGACAUGCGACCUGGAGAGGCCGUGCGCGCGGUGUAUCAAGCGCGAUAUAGGGCACCUGUGUCAUGACGAACCACGCGAUCCGCCCAAGAGGAAUAAGAGCGAGGUUGGAGUAGCAGAUAUUGCGCCUGCGCCGGGCGAGGGUGGAAAGGCAGCGGAGGCUCCGACAAGCAACACAAGCAAUACAAGCAAUGGGGGCGUGCAGUAUGCUCAGAGCAACGGCAACGGCAACGGCAUCGGCAUGGGAACCGUGAAUGGCGCUGGAGGAGGACCACAGCUGGCACAACCGCAGCCCGUCUCUCCCACGAGCAUACAGAGACCCGCUCCAAAUGCGACCAAUCUCCUCCAGAAUGACGACUUCAGUAACAGUGGUGUACACAACCAAUUCCAGGACAUGCACCAUCUCCAUCCGAACUACAUGUUCAAUACCUCCGAGGUCACAAACGAGUAUAACUUGCUCAACGACUUCCUCUCGUCGUCUCUCAUCGACGACGGCGGCAUCUACAACAGCGACGAGACAGCCGCGCUCUUCAACGACCCUCUCUUAACGACAAUCUCCUCGAAUGCCUUAGCAACAUCCAACAUUGGCGCUCCAUCAACCAGCAACGACCAAAACCAAUCCACCCUCCUCCCACCACCCCAAACAGCAGCCGGCCAAGAAAUCUCCCGUCCCUCCUCGACUUUCCCAAUCGACUCCCGCGCCCGCGACAAAUUCUACAUGACAGCCGCGGAUCCCGCCGGUCUCGAGAGCGCCGAAAACCGCCUCCACAAACUCCUCAAGGCAAAAUACGACGCCGGAAUGCUCAAACCCUUCAACUACGUCAAAGGCUAUGCCCGCUUAAACCAGUACAUCUCCAAGCACCUCAACCGCGAAUCGCAACUCCGAAUCCUCAAACAAUUAGACCGCUUCCGCCCCAAAUUCCGCGAAGCGAUGCAAUCACUCACGGACAUGCAACUCAUCCUCGUCGAAAUGUGGUUCGAGCGCUCCCUGAUGGAGUACGACCGCGUGUUCGCCAGCAUGGCCAUUCCCGCCUGUUGCUGGCGCCGUACCGGCGAGAUCUUCCGGGGGAACACCGAAAUGGCGGAACUGAUACACGUCCCUCUGGACAAACUACGCGACGGCAAACUGGCGAUUCAUGAAAUCAUCGCGGAAGAUUCGCUGGUGAGUUACUGGGAGAAAUUCGGCGCUAUAGCGUUUGACCAGUCGCAAAAAGCUAUUUUGACGAGUUGCUCGAUCAAGCGGCCGGGCCAUGAUGGGGAUGGGGGAGAAGGGGAGCGGGCGGAAUCGGUGAGGUGUUGUUUCUCUUUUACGAUUCGCAGGGAUGGGCAUAAUAUGUGAGUCUUGACCGUUUCCCCUUUUUGCCACAAGCUGAUGAGAGUGAUGCUAAUCGCUUUCUCUGUCUUAGUCCCUCUCUGAUUGUAGGCAACUUUCUGCCCAUUCGGCCUCAUGGGCAAUCUCCUUCCUGA